AUCGAUAUGGAAAUGGCAUUUCUCUAAAGAAGACUCGUGUUUAGUGUGGUUGACAAUGGAGAAUAAAUGAAGGGGAAAUUUCCCGGGAUUAAUUAACGGCACACAGCGACAGAAUGCGGGAGAAGGACCUACAGAGCGUGUGCAGAAGGGCACUGCUUGUAACCGUCUGUAUGGUGUCUCUGUGGGGACAAAUGAACAGUGCCACGUCUCACAGAAGCCAUGUUGUUCAUGUGAAGGCGGGCACCUGUGAAGUAAUUGCUGCACACCGAUGCUGCAACAAGAACAAGAUCGAGGAGAGAUCCCAGACUGUCAAGUGUUCCUGCUUCCCCGGACAAGUGGCAGGGACCACAAGAGCUGCACCAUCUUGUGUAGACGCCUCCAUAGUAGCACAGAAGUGGUGGUGCCAGAUGCAUCCGUGCAUGGAUGGGGAGGAGUGUAAAGUAUUGCCAGAUCUCAAAGGAUGGAGCUGCAGUACAGGAAACAAAGUUAAGACGACCAAGGUCACGCGGUAGUUGUCUGCGUCUGGGACUUUUUGGAACAAGACUACUUUUUCUUUGGCCACCACUGCAGGACAUUUGGAUAAUGAUUUUGAUGACAUGAUUUUUGGAGGAGCGGUGGAAAACUUAAUAGGACCAAAUGGGAAAUGAUAUUGGAAUGCAAUGGAUAAACGCAGAACUAUGGAGCAUCAUGUAGUAAGACUGAGAAAAGGAUCCGUUGUUAACAGUAGCUGGACUGUACUGCCCGCCAAAUGUCUCUUUGUAUUAUAGCUCUAUUGAACUGUGAGACUCAUGAAGAUAUUUAACAGACUGGGGAUUCCUCUACCCUUACAACCAACCUAGU